CCAGAACAGAGCAAAGUGAAACCCACUUGUUUCCCAACAACACAAUGCAUCUCUUUACUCUGGUCCUUGGGAUCUGGCUUCUUCCAAAAGUCGACACCCUGACAUGUUAUGAGUGUGUACCGGGACUCUCUGGAAGUUGCAUGACAAUCAAACAAUGUCCCACAGCAGAUCAUCAGUGUGGAGCAAUGAGAGUUUUAACAUAUGCAGGAGUUUCAAAACUUUCUGAUAUUCAAGGAAAUACUUGUAUUUUGGCUCAAGAAUGUAUUACUGGUUCAGUCAACUAUGGAGUUCUCAAAACCAUGCUGACCAGCAAGUGCUGCAACUCUGACCGUUGCAACAGCCAACCUGCUCCUGAUGCCAGCCAAUCCUUUCCAAAUGGCAAAAAGUGCUUCACCUGUGAAGGAGAAACAUGCACUAAAACUGUAAACUGCGAAGGGACUGAGGAUCACUGCAUCAAAACAACAGUGGCUGUAGGAGGAAAUAAGAUGACAGUAAAGGGCUGUGCCUCCAAGACGAUUUGCACAACUGCUUCAAAUCCGCAGCUUUCAGGAGUUGUUGGAGCAGAAAUUAACUGCUGUCAGGGUGACUUCUGCAACAGUGCCAGCAGUGCAAGCGCUGGCCUGCUGCUGUUGGUGGGGCCACUUAUUUCUUUGGUCUUGUUCUCUUAGCUGAUGAAGACAGCAGCAUCAUUGUCCAGUUUUUCUUAUCAUAUUGGUUUAAUUAAAGAGUUAACACCCCUGUUCUUCUUUCAUUACAUGCGUGUGUGACAUUGGUAAAAACAUUUUAGUAAGAUACGAUGUAAAGGAAAGGCAAAAUGUUUUCUGCUUCUUUCGGUUGCUUUUUUUUAGUGUGUGUGUUUGUGUGACUUUAGAAACCAGAUGUGUCUGUUUUUACAUAAAAAAUAUUUCAAUGUUAUUCAAUGUUUUAACAAGUAGGAGUCAGAUAAUGGCCUUACAGGGAAAUAGUGUUGAGCUGCAGUCAGUUGACACUGAAUCAGGAAAUUGCAAAAUCCAGAGAUAAACAACAGGUUAGAGAGUGGAGGAGAGAGUCUAGAAAUUUCUGUGACUGUAUUAAAUAAUAAACUAUAUUACCGUCAUAAAACUUUUAAAAUCAGAAAACAGAGUGUUCUGUCUGAUCCUUAAAUCUAAGCAGCAUGAGGUUUGUAUGUGUCAAAGCGUGUACUACGGUAUAUGUGCAUGAAUAAUGGACACUAUGCUCCACCAAUCAUAACAUGGUUACCAGUUCAACUUGUUUAAAUGUUUUUUCUUGCAGUGUAUUCUGAUUUACAAAACUGGAUUUACAAUCUUUAUCUGUAUGGAUUUUGAGGUGCACAGUGAAGAUUCAGAGGUGCAAAUGAAUAUCAGAAUAAAUAAACAUUUAAUUGUG